AAAACCCCAAAACACACUGCCUCAAACUCAAAGUACCUCUCUACACUACUCUCAAGCCAUAUCAACUUCCUUCGUAUUUUCAAUAUUUCAAUAUUCAUCUCUACAAUUCAUUCUCAUCUUUCCUCCAACAUGGUGCUUUUGUCUAAACCAGCUACUGAAUACUGCUCUAGUUAUAGCAGAAGCCUCAAGCUCUCCAAGUCAUCCUCCUCUGGAAUCCCUCUCAUAGACCUGUCCAAACCAGACUCCAAACAACUCAUUGUCAAGGCUUGUGAGGAGUUUGGAUUCUUCAAAGUCAUCAACCAUGGUGUUCCCAUGGAUUUCAUUAACAGAUUGGAAUCUGAAGCCAUCAAAUUCUUCUCCUUGCCAGAUUCUGAGAAAGAAAAAGCAGGGCCUGCUGAUCCAUUUGGAUAUGGCAGCAAGCAUAUUGGGAGAAAUGGUGAUGUGGGGUGGGUUGAGUACCUCCUUCUCAAAGCCAAUACAGAAGCCAACUCUGACAGAUUCAAAUCAGUUUAUGGAACAAACCCAGAUGAGUUUUGUUCUGCUCUGAAUGAUUACAUACAAGCUGUGAGGAAUAUGGCUUGUGAGAUUCUUGACCUGAUGGCUGAAGGAUUGAAUAUUGGGCCAAGGAAUGUGUUCAGUAAGUUUUUGUUGGAUGAACAGAGUGACUCUUUAUUCAGGCUCAAUCACUACCCACCAUGCCCAGAGCUUCAAGGCUUGAGUGAACAUAGUGACAGAAAUGUGGUUGGAUUUGGAGAGCACACAGACCCUCAAAUCAUUUCCAUACUAAGAUCCAACAACACCUCUGGCCUCCAAAUUUUGGGAGAUGGAACUUGGAUUUCAGUGCCUCCAGACCAGUACUCCUUCUUCAUCAAUGUUGGUGAUUCUCUAAAGGUUUUGACAAAUGGGAGGUUUCAAAGUGUGAGGCACAGGGUUUUAGCAAAUGGGUCAAAAUCAAGGGUUUCAAUGAUUUUCUUUGGGGGAUCACCCUUGACUGAAAAGAUAGCUCCAUUGCCAUCUGUAAUGAAAGAAGAGGAACAGAGCAUGUACAAAGAGUUCACAUGGUUCGAAUACAAAACGAUCUGCUACCACUCAAGAUUGGCUGACAAUAGGCUAGGACACUUUGAGAGAAUUGAAGCCUCUUAAAUAAAAAUAAUAUAUACAAAAAAAAAAAAAAUCAAAGUCCUUUCUUGUACUUGAACUUGGGGUUCUUGAUUAUACUCAGGAAUAUAGGUUAAGACUAUCAAUUAAGUUUUUUCAUCAUGUAACUAGGGUUUACCUUGCUUGUAGAAAUUAUGAUAAUUACAUAUUUCUUUUAAGGAAAUAUCGUUGAGGUUCGAACCGACUGGAAAAUCUAUCAGAGAAGAGGUGGAUUGCUGAUCAUCCAUCUGUCCCCACAGGGAUAUUUGUUCAUUUACUUCAUCUUCAUCUACAACUGUCAAUGAUAAUGCUUUCUAUGAUGUAAAAUGAAUCAUUGUACUCUUUUCUCUAACUUAUUUGGUACAAGUUAUUGUCUUACUCCA